AUGGGCACCGGAAGAGUUGCACCGGCUACUCCUCAGGAGGCUGCAGACAUAGAGAUCCUCUCUGGAUUGAUGGGAGGCUCGCUCGACCCUGCGCACGCCCUCCGCCUGCUCCGAAAACACAAUAACAACCUCGAGAAGGCCGCCUCCGCCCUCCUCGAGGGCGACAACGGCGAAAACGAUUCAGGGCCCUUUGCCGAUCUUCCGGCCCUGGAACCUCUGGAUACAGCAACUAUUGGGCCCCGCACGCCUCCCCGUACACCUGAGAAGGCGGUGAUCGACCUCACGAAGGAUGACGGGGACGACGAACUCGCGCGCGCGCUGAAGGCCUCCUUGGAGGACCAAUCGACUAGCUUUGCACCAAGCACAAGGGCACCCGACCCGAACUGGGCCAUGGUGCCAUCGAAUGCAGCAGUCAGUGCGCCCACAGGCAUGUCGCAGGACGAGCAGGCAAUGAGUCGCGCGAUUGAAGCAAGUCUCUCAUACAACAUCGGCGAGGAUAUCUUUGAGGAACUGCCCCUGGAAGAGAGGAUCCGCAAGGACCAUACACCCGUAGCUCUACGCCCGACGUCCUCUGGAGUCACGUAUGCUGCCCUUAUCCUACACGGACUUUUCUUUGUUCCCCAGGUCCGAAACACCAUUGCGCGAUGGUUACCAGCGCGAGAGGUGGGUACCGACGACAGUCUAGUUUCGGAAAUCGGUCCUCCCACCUCUGGGCCUGCAUAUCAAGUCUGGACCAUGAUGGAACUAUUCGCCAAUAUGGAUCUAGCACGGAUGAGCGAGUUGAGCGUAGAUGCUGCCAUGAAUGCUUUCAUUGCAGAAUCGUGGAAUAACCCCGCCGAUCGACCUGGGGAUGCAUCUGUUCGUUUCUACGAGAGACUCGUAUAUGCAGUCGAAAAUACAAUGCAAUACAACAGCCUGCACAACCCCCAGCGAGAGCAGCUCAGGCUCUUCUCGUUGCAAUACGGACCUCACGAUGCAGAGCCAGACAGCGGGAACACGGACAACCUCUGCUGCGUGAAAGUCAACAUCGGGCUGAACUCGGACGUGAAUGACCUGGUCUCUUCCCUUGCUGCCGAGCUCGCGCCGGACAUCUCCAAGUUCCCCAACUCGAAACGCCAAGUGAUCUUCGAGGCCCCAGAUGUAAUUUCCUUCCACCUGGUGCGCGAUGCGGUACCGCCGGCGUACGACGCGGCCGUCGGCCGUCGGGCGGAGCGCGCGACGUUCAAGUAUCCCAAGAGCGUGUAUCUGGACCAGUUCAUGAAGGAGUCGUUUGAGCUUGCGAACGAGAAGAGGGCGACUCAGCGGGAGUUGCUGCAAGACGCCAAGGAGUUGGAGACCAAGAAGAAGAACCUGCUACACUUCAAAGAUAAGGAUACCUUAGCCGACUUGCAGUCUUGUCUCUACUACUAUGAGAGUGUGGCCGAGAGCAAUGACGACCCCGCGCGUGUGGAGGAGAUCCGCGAGAACAAGGAGAAGCUCGCGCGAAUCAUUGACAAGGUCAAGGAGGAGGCGAAGACCAUCGAUUCCACGGUGGAACGGCUAAAGAGCGAAGCUAGUGGCAUACUCGACUGUCCCGAGCUACAGAAAAAUCAGUAUGACCUCCGCGCAGUCAUCGUGCACGACGGUCUUUUCGGUCGCAGCCACCUCUACUCGUACGUCAAGUACAAGGGAAAGUGGUGGAAGACAGUAGACUACGUCGUCACCGAGGUUCAUCGAGUACUCAUCGAUAUCCAGGUACCCGAGGACGUUGUACUGAAUGACCCCACGGGUCUGCACCUGGGCACCGGCCCGUACUUCUUGCUAUAUAGCCGUGCGCUGUCUGAGGAAGAAGAGGAAGCUCGUGCGCCCUGGUACGACAGCAUCAAGGACACCGUCAAAUACAACAACCACAUGUUCUUUCAGCAGAUACCGCCAGAGAUCGCAGUGCAGGUGACCGACCCCAACUCACCACCGUCAUCGCCGUACGUCGCGGCGACACCCUCGGAGCACACCAUCGAGUCCGAUGGCGUCGAGCCUCCGAGCUCGCGCGACGAACCGAUGGAUCUAUCUGACUAG